GUAUACGCGCAUGCGCGUUUAUCAACGUUGUUCCAACGACGCGGAGAAAAGUUGUGCGGACGGUUCACAGUGACGGUUUGAAUCUCAGCGGCGUUAGUUCGCAGUUCCUGUCAACGUUCAAAGCAGCCUUCGUACGACAACAAACAUGGCACACACGCUAUCUACGGAAGACAAGCUUCAAUACAACUUCUUCCCAGUAGCUUCUGGUCAGAUACAAUUCCGUGUCAAGGCCGGACACGAUGCCCACAUUGCUUUAACCAUGGGCCCCAGCGAGGGUGAUCCCAUGUACGAGGUCUUCCUUGGGGGAUGGAACAACGCAAGGUCCGUCAUCCGCAAGAACAGAUCAAAGCCUGAAGUUGCCGAGGCUGAUACCCCGGGAAUUCUUACCGAAAGCGAUUUCCGCGGGUUCUGGAUCCGGUGGUACAACGGCAACCUCGACGUCGGCAGGGAAAAUGAACCGAAUCCUUUCUUGUCCUACACCGACCCACAGCCAUUCGGUAUCGGCUACUUCGGUGUCUGCACUGGUUGGGGUGCGACUGGAGAAUGGAUCAUCGAAGGUCGGGUUACCCUGAAAACGGCUGAUCAGCUGAAGUACAAUUUCCAUGCCGUGAGAAGUGGCAGAGUAGAAAUCGAGGUCAGCGCGCCUAGCAACGCCCACAUUGCCCUAACCCAAGGAAAGAGCGAAACGUCUCCGAUGUACGAAGUUUUGCUAGCCGGAUGGAACAACACAGCCUCGGUCAUCAGAUACGACCGCAAGCAGCCCGACAAGGUUCGCGCCGAGACGCCCAACCUCCUGUCCGCCAACGAGCGGAAGAAAUUUUCAAUCUCUUGGGUCGACGGACAUAUCGUCGUCCGUGUCGGGAAUGAGAACGGGCUUGUGCUCAUGGAAUGGCGCGACCCAAACCCCAUCGGCAUCAGCUACGUGGGUGUUCGGACUGCCUGGGGUGCAACCGGGAAAUGGAGUGUCCUGGUUCCCCGACCGGCAGCAGGACCGAUUGGCACACAACCACCAAGGCCCGCACAUCCUACGCCAGGAUUUGGCCCACCGCAGAAAUACGCCCCACCGUCGGCACCUGCCGCCUACAUGCAGCCACCCAUGCAAGGUGGUGCAAGCUGCUGGGUUGACGCUUCCGGUGGCGUUGUGCCUCCCGGUGCCCUGGCUGGAGGGCAAGACGGAGAACCUCUCUUCGUAGCGAGAGCCCGACACGAAGGAGCGCUGAUUCCUGGCAAGCUCAAGCCCAGCCACUGCGUCUGCUACAUCGCCUGGGGAGGAGCCGAACACGGAAAGCCUGAAUACCAGGUGCUUUGCGGAAGCUCCGGUACGUGGGUCCCGACUUCCGGAGGAAACGUUCCCCCCAACGCUUUGCCUGCCGGGGAAUCCGAAGACGGAGAGCCGCUUUUCGUCGGGCGUGUCAACCACGAGGGAACUUUGUCCAUCGGAAAAGUUCAGGCCUCGCACGGUGUCCUCUACAUUCCUUUCGGAGGAGCCGAAGUCGCUUUCCCAGACUACGAGAUCCUGCUGCAGUAACCUGUUGAACGAAAUCCUGUUUCCCCCCCUAUCCUCGUAUUUCCUUCCCCCUUGCACACUGAAUAUUCCCAUGUUUUACAACACGAGCACGAAAUAAAUAUCUAUUCUUUAUCGUACCGAGGUAUUUAUGCAUAAUAUAGUGGUUGGCUAACUUUGCGCUGCAGUCUGGACAUUGGAAAUUUAUUUCACUUGCGGUAUGUGAGGUAUAAGGUGAUCAGCCGGCUGAUCGAAUAUGAAUAUCACGAUUUGUCAGUCGACUAUCUAAUGAUAACGUGACGUAUUGCAGUCGCAUCGUAGUCGCAGUAAUCAUGUUCGUCGCUUGUGUUCAAAUAACCGUACGUCGAAAGUUGAAAUGUCGCUGGCUUUUUCAUCCAAGAACCGGAUUUUACAUAUUAUUAAUAGGCAACAGUUGUUAUAAUAUAUAUACGCAGAGAAUAUAUAGUUUGUUACUUUCCAAUCACUCGCAACCCACCAUUCAAAUAUUAAUUUAAUAAUUACGUACGCAUAAGUUAUUGUAUUUUUCGAUAUAUUAAAUACUUAAAUUGUGUGUAAUCUGUUAUUUUUCACACGCAAAAUUGUGUUUCAAUGCGCGCAAUACGCUGCGGAUGAUGCUUGUAUGGUUAUCAUAUAAUUUAAAUUUCUUUUGCAAACUACAUUUAUACGUGUCGAAUUAGUGAAUACAAAACUUUGUAAAUGUAAUUGAAUAAAAGUACAAAACGUA